UGCGCCGACGUGCUCGCGCUGGCCGCCAGGGACGGCGCGGCCAUGCUGGGCGGGCCGGCGGCGAUCCCGAUGCGGACGGGGCGGCGGGACGCCACGGAGAGCCGGUACGGCGAGGUGGAGCGGUACGUCCCGAACCACAACGACACGGUGUCGGCGGUGCUGUCCCGGUUCGCGGCCAUGGGGCUGGACGCGGAGGCCGUUGUGGCGCUGCUGGGCGCGCACUCGGUGGGCCGCGUCCACUGCAACAACCUGGUGGCGCGGCUGUACCCGGCGGUGGACGGCGGCAUGGAGCCGGCGUACGGCGCGUACCUGCGGGGCCGGUGCCCGACGGCGGACGCGAGGGAGGACACCCGCGACGUGGCGUACGCGCGCAACGACCGCGCCACGCCCAUGGUGCUCGACAACAUGUACCACAAGAACCUGCUGAAAGGCCGGGGCCUCCUGCUCGUGGACCAGCGGCUCGCCUCCGACCCGCGCACCGCACCGUUCGUGAAGAAGAUGGCGGCCGAUAACGGGUACUUUCGUGAGACGUUCGCGGCGGCGCUGGUGAGGAUGUCGGAGAACGGGCCGCUCACCGGCGGGCAGGGGGAGGUCAGGAAGGACUGCAGGUUCGUCAACGCUAAGUAAGGGCUAGUGAUCAGUGGCAAGACGUGAUCGUGUGUGUGUGUGUACGUGCUCGUGGCGUGGGGCACGAAAAUAAUUCAGAGGAAAUGAUGAAGGGGCCACGUAUCAUGUGUGGCUGUUUGCAUGCUUGGCUUGCUGUAUGAGCAUGCAUGAUGCCUGCCUCUACCCGAUAAAUAUGCGUUAUCCGAAUUCGCUGUAAUAGUUUUCAACGUCUGCAACACUGAAAAUCUCGAAAUGGAAUUCUGCCGACCUA